GUUUCAUGCCCCGCGGCAGCACCCCUGUUUUAAAGGUUCGUUGAAAUCUCCCAUUAUGCUUCUUUGAAUCAUCUUCCUUUUCAUCUUUAGGAGCUUUGAAGAGCUUCCGGUAAGAGUUCGCAAUGGCUCCUUCAAAGGUGGAUACCACCAAGAAGGCUGAUCCUAAAGGACAGGCCAUGAAGGCUGCCAAAGCAUUGAAGUCAGGUGGUCCAGUGUUGAAGAAGAAAGCUAAGAAAAUCAGGACAUCUGUCACAUUUCAUCGUCCAAAGACAUUGAAGAAAGACAGGAACCCUAAGUAUCCUCGCAUCAGUGCACCGCCGAGGAACAAACUUGAUCACUAUCAAAUUCUUAAAUACCCUCUCACUACCGAAUCUGCUAUGAAGAAGAUUGAGGAUAACAACACGCUGGUUUUCAUUGUUGAUAUCCGUGCUGACAAGAAGAAGAUUAAAGACGCAGUGAAGAAAAUGUAUGAUAUUCAGGCCAAGAAAGUCAAUACGCUGAUCAGGCCUGAUGGAACAAAGAAAGCUUAUGUUAGGUUGACUCCAGAUUAUGACGCUUUGGAUGUGGCCAACAAAAUUGGCAUCAUUUAGGGCGUUCUGCUUUGAGUCGAGCGAAGCUAAUCCAUUGUUGUUGAGAUAGUUUCGUUAAAAAUUUGCUUCCGGUUUCGACUCUCCCAUGUCUAUUUGACUAUCUCUUAUGUAUAACUGGUUACUCCACAUUCAAUUUUGGCUAGUUCUCUCAUGAGUGUAGAUUUUUAUACCAGACCUAAUCUGUGAAUGAUUUGUCCUGCUCUUCAAAAUAUUGUGUUUUGAUAUGCAGCUAGCAUGUUCAACCGACCUAAAA